CCACUCCAACUGGUCGAAUCAUGGCGGCGCAGGUGGACUGCGAAUUUCUGGUGAAGAAGGCUCGGGAUUUAGUGGCGGAGGAUCCCUGGGCCGCCAAAGCCUGGCUAAUCACCGCCAGGACCUUGUACCCUACAGAUUUCGGUAUCCAGUAUGAAAUGUACAUGAUUGAGCGAAAUGCUGAGAGAACAGCUUCAGCUGGAAGACUCCUUUAUGAUAUGUUUGUAAAUUUUCCUGAUCAGCCGAUGGUAUGGAGGGAAAUAAGCGUUAUUACAGCAGCACUGCGUAAUGAUGCCCAGGACAAGCAAACACAGUUUUUACGAGGAUUGUUUGAGACCCUUCCAGGUAGAAUACAAUGUGAAAUGCUUCUUAAAGCCACAGAGCAGUGCUUCAACACGUUGGAGAGAGCAGAAAUGUUGCUGCUGCUCUUGAGACGGUUCCCAGAAUCUGUGGUACAACAUGGGGUCAGUCUUGGUGAAACAUUAUUGGAAGCUGAAAACCUUGAUGAUCAAGACUCGCCUGUCAACUGUUUUAGAAAGUUAUUUGUGUGUGAUGUCCUACCUCUAAUUAUUAAUAACCCUGAUGUGAGAUUACCUGCCAAUCUGUUGUAUCAGUAUCUCCACAAGGCAGCAGAGUUUUAUAUUGGUUACGUUACCAGAUCUCCUUCUUUGGAAAAUCAGCAUCAAGGUUCCCAAGAAACAGCCGAUAUAAAGUCACCCACCAAACGAAGCACUCAGAAAUAUAUCAUCGAAGGGCUGACUGAGAAGUCAUCGUUGAUAAUGGAACCAUGGGACAGAUUGUUUGAAAUCAUGUCUAUUGUGGCAAUGAGGUGUGAGUGGCAGAUGGACAAAGCAAACAGGAAUUGUGGUGAAAUUCUGCAUAGGAUGAAAGAUUUAUGCAGGUAUAUAAACAACUUUGACGACGAAGGCCAUAGGAAGUAUAAACAUCAAGUUGUUUAUUCUACGUUACUGGUUUUCUUCAAGAAUGCAUUCCAAUAUGUCGGCAGUAUCCAGCCAUCUCUAUUUCAAGCAUCUAGCCCUUCCAGCAACCAAGUUCCUCUUAUUUUGUUGGAUGAUUUGUCAAAUAUCUAUGGUGAUGUGGAUAUUGAUAGGAGUAAACACAUUCAUAAAAGACGGAAACUUGGAGAAGGGAGGGAAAAAACACUGAGUUCAGAUGAUGAAGAAUGUUCUGGAAAAGGGCGUAACCGUCACAUUGUUGUCAAUAAGGUUGAGUUGCCAAACUCAAUUGAUGUUCUUGAGAACUUUAAGCUUGCAAGAGAAAGUUGGGAGUUGCUUCAUUCUCAAGAGGCUUUGGAGAAAGAAUUCACACGAAUCUGCAUGUCUUGGAAGACUGAAACUUGGCUGUGGUUGAGGAUAUUCAUAACUGACAUGAUUGUAUACCAGGGCCAAUACAGAAAAGCAAUAAACAGUCUUCAUCAGUUAGGCGCUCUUCAAGGAGCCCAGCAACAUGUCAUGAGUCAGGGCACACUGGAACAACAAAGAGCAUUAAUCCAAAUGGCUGCCUGUCACUUUGCAUUAGGAGAAUACAGAAUGACAUGUGAUAAGGUGUUGGAUGUUAUGUGCAGUGUCAUUCCAUGUACACAAGAUGUUGUGAAAGUACAGGAGGAAACUCCAAAAACGAAACCUAGAUUUAGGAAAGCAUUAGACCUUAAACUAUUGCCCUGUACAAGCAAAGCUAUGAUGCCAUAUUGCCUUCAGUUAAUGUUGGCCUGCUUUAAGUUGAGAGCUUUUACAGACAUACGAGAUGAUCUAGCUUUAGGUCAUGUGAUUGUACUGCUCCAACUGGACUGGCCUCGUGGAGAGAACCUAUUUCUCAAAGCAGUUGACAAAAUCUGUCAGCAAGGAUCGUUUCAGUAUGAAAACUUCUUCAAUUAUGUCACAAACAUUGACAUGUUGGAAGAAUUUGCUUAUCUCAGAACCACAGAAGGUGGUAAAAUUCAUCUAGAGUUGUUGCCAAAUCAAGGUCUUCUAAUAAAGAAUUCUAGCCCUCCACUGGGGGUUCUUCCGCAGGAGUUCAAACUGCAGCCCAGCAGUCAGACAGCUGACAGACAUCACACUGUAACCCGAGGUAUUACAAAGGGAGUGAAAGAAGAUUUCCGAUUAGCUAUGGAGCGGCAGGUUUCUCGCUGUGGGGAAAAUCUAAUGGUGGUGUUACAUAGAUUUUGCAUUAAUGAGAAGAUCAUAUUGCUUCAGACUUUGAUGUGACAAACAUAUCCGAGCAUUUCCCUUUUAGAACUUAUGGAUGGUUAUGUCAAUCUGCUGAAGUGCACAGCUCCUAUCUUGUGCAUGGUAAAGUUUGUUAUUGGAUUUUACACUUAAGUGUAAAUGGAACUCAAGACAGACGUGAAAGAAUAUAUUCUAAUUCCAUUGAAAAAUUACCAAUAUUGAUGCCUUAAGUAAUCAAUUUUUGAUGAAUAUUUGCAUUUGUUAAGGCCAGAGACCUCAGUUCUAAAGGACUAGAAUAUUUUUCCUUCCUUUUCUUUGUCAUUGUAUAUCAGCUUCAAACACUCUGAGCAGGCAUACAUGGCUAUAGUCAUUUGUAUCGAGGGAAAAAAAAGCUCCCUGUAUUCUUGGCCCAACAAUGUGCUUUAGCUCUUGCAUCCAACCUUAGAAAAGCAUCUCCUACUGCAUCAUGCACUACCUGGUUUGUUACACCAAGUUCUUGUAGGUAUCUGAGACUGCCAACAUUUUUGAUGGCAAUUUUAGUGAUGUGGAUCUUGCACCAAUCAGCUGAUAUUUUCCAAACUCAUUUGACUUGGGUCUCUUACAGCCAUCAGAAACGAGACUUUCUUCACUCACUGGCCGGAAAGUCUAGGUAAAGGGACAGUGUUAUAACUCUCUGUCCUCUCAGCCAUACAAUAUGGUGAUAUAAUUAUGAACAAUAAAUAAGCAUAAUAAUUUUUAAUUCAAACAUCAUACACAAAAAUAAAAUUCAGCUCUUCUUCAGCAGACCCAUAUUUUAAUGGCAGAUCAAUUACAAUUCCACAAUUGCAUAAUUUCCACAGACUAUAGUACCUGCUGUCAGUUGAGAUCAAGUAAUCAACAUUUUCCAGACUGAAUACCUUAUCCUAAAUUAUUUCUGCCCCAUGGAGAUGAAUGUGCUCUCUUAAAAUUUGUAUCUAAAAUGAAUGGCUCUUUAAAAGCAUUUUUAAUACCACUUUUUCUCCUGAAAUUAGGCAUUUGUAUUUAGCUACUACGAUGCAGCAUUAAUUCCUCCUAGAAGUGGAACUAGCCCUUGCAGAAUUUAUUUACCAUGAAUAGGAACCUGACAGAAAUAAAUUUCUGGGAGACAAAUAAAAUGUUUGAAAAAUAAUUGAUCUAUGCUAUAACGUUAAACCUUUUACGUUGUCCUAUAGGCUGGAGAACUUGUUGGUUUUCUCUUAUGGUUUAACACAGCAGCCUAUGAGAGAUUGUGUGCAUAAACCAUCUGAUUUGGAAUUAAUUAUUGGAGAUUCCAGUUUAUAUAUUUCUGAGUUUAUUUGGACUGAUUUUUCAAAGUGAUAGUUCUGUUAAAUCUUAAAAUAAAUAAUUGAGGCUCUUCUCCCAUUUUUAUUUUCAACUAAGCAGUUAAAUUGCAGCUCAACAUUUUAUAAUUCAUAAUAUCUUGCCAGCUUUUAACACCUGCUCCAAUGCUAAUAGUUCAACUAUAAGGCUUUAAGCACCACCCCACCAAUCAGCUAAAGAACCAGGGAGAAUUUCCAAUGUGUUUUUCUGAUCUUACGCUUGAACUAUGGUGUAAGUGGUUGUUUUUGGCUGUUUAUGGCAGUAGAUUGAGAGAACCCCUCCAGAAAUUUCAGACACAGAUCCUUACUGAACUUUUUCUGUGUUGGUCCAGCGUGCAGUAGGGAACAAUCAUUGGCCGAUAUAAACAGAAACAGAAAUACCUGGAAAAACUCAUUGUUGGACCAAAUGCAGCCCUCUUUAAACCAUGUACAUUCUGUAACUUCUCCAGCCAUAUUCCCAAAAUUGAAACAGUCACAGUACUACUGUUUUUGAUGAACCAUUCCCUUGGCAAUUAAAAGGCUUUUUAGGAACAUUUUAGAGUUUCAAGUAACCCAGUGCCACAGUGAGGGAGAAAGAUGAUCUUAACUGAAGAUGAUCUUGAAGAAAGGAAAGACUCUGUUCUGGGCUGUCAUAAUGGGCCCACAGACGGAAACAUAUGGACUUAAGUGCUCACCUGUGGUCAAAGCCUCUAGCAUAAUGUUUUAUUCCCAAAUACAUGUCCAGUUCAAUUUACUCGAGAGUGUAAUGCAUUCUAUUCAGUGGCCUUAAAUAAGCCAAAGCUGGCUGUCCAUGGUCUUAGUAAAACUGUGGUUCAACAUGGAAUGCAUUGAAGUUACAAAAAGAGAUUUAUAUUAAAAGGCAAAAACCAAGUAUCCAAUAUGGACCUAGUAACAUUGAAUUGUUAGUGGAAAAUAAUAUAGUUCUCCUAAUCCACACAAAAGAUGUAAUUUUUUAAAACAGAAUUCAUGUACAAGUCUACAGAACUGUUGUAAUUUAACGUGCACUUGUGUUUUUAUGAAAAACUUUCCCAAAAAA